AUGGAUGUAACUGGUUUUCCGCAUCAAGUUGGUGGACAUUUCGGCCUCUUGACUUGUUCCGGCCAUGUUUGCAAACCACUGAAUCAGCGGGAAUAUUCUUUUUAUCAGCAAAUAACUGCUGAUCUGCAGUCAUUUACGCCAAAUUUUUGUGGUCAGUUGGUUUCUUAAUGAUUAAUAUUUAAGUUUAGGUCGAAUUCGAGUGAACUUAAGUACGUCUCAAGAUGGGGCCGUGUCUAUGAGUACCGAUCAGACGAUCCAAUGCCAUUCUCCGAAGAACAUUCUUUGUGUUUGUGACAAGGAUGACGCGGUUUCUACAAGUGCCGAGAACGACGGGAAUGGGGGUGACGAAAGAAAGAUGACUUUUCGGUUGCGCAACAAAAGAGUUGAGGCAGAGAGUGUUACCAACGCUUGGGCUGGACAAUGUCAGAGCAAGGUAAGGAUUUGGAAAAGAUAGGAUCAUGAUCUAAUUUCCAAAAUACGGUCAUUUAUCAGGUUGUUCAAAAACUGGUGAACGGUUAUGACAAGUGGUUCAUCGUCCUGGAAGAUAUGGUCUCCUCCUUCUCUCGGCCGUGUGUCGUCGAUCUUAAAAUGGGCACACGACAAUACGGGGACGAUGCCUCUGCUCAGAAAAGACUAAGUCAACAUCAGAAAUGCAGACAAUCCACAAGUGAGGAGAUGGGGGUCAGGAUGGUGGGGAUGCAAUUAUACGAUCGGAGAACCAAAUCUUUUGUCUAUGUUAACAAGUAUGAGGGAAGAAGGAUGGACAGGAUCCAAUUCAUUUCGGCUUUAUCUGUUUACUUUAGGUAUGUAAAUCAUAUUAAUUGUUAUGUCCAUCUAGAACAGCGGGAUUUCAAAGAUCGAAACAAUUCUUGGAACGAUUACUGGCCUUAUCUAAAGUAAUGAGCAGCUCUGAAGGCUUUCGUUUCUUCUCUUCUUCCCUGCUGAUAGCCUUCGAUGGAAACCCUUCAUCUUCCUCGGAUGUUGUUGUCAGCAUGAUCGACUUCGCUCACUCAACUUUCCCUGGAUUUCUGGAGGAUAAAGUCUACGAGGGAGUGGAUGAAGGAUAUCUUUUAGGAAUCAACUCCUUAUGUACCAUAUUAUGUGAUAUAAUUGAAGAUCUUAAUGUAGAAAUGAAAGAAGGCCUCCUUCCAAAUCAAGAAUGGCCCAUCUCAAAGUGUCGAAAAAGGAAAUUCGAAUUAGAAAAUGGGUCCGAGGACCUGAAAGUCCCUGAACUUCUGGUCACCGACACCAACUGA